AUGUUUAGUUUAGCGAAAGACGUUCGAAUCAAACCUUGUUCCUGUGGUUUUGGUGACAAAAAAACCAUUAUCAAAUCUAACGAUCGACAACCCGCGUUCGAUUACUGUCCUAAUAUCAACAAGUUGGAUAAUCACGUUGACUGUCCAUCUUUUGAUGCUGUAUGUCACGAGAAUGAGCCAUGUGACCCUUACUGGGGAUUGAUUAAGGGUCGUUUUAAAACAAUUCGUCAUUGGUGUUUGAUGGGAGAAAUCGAGGAAGUUAACUAUUUCAUUCGUCCUCAUUUAGCGAUUCGUACCAAAUUCGAUGAGAAGGUUAUAAUUCAUUUUUAUCUCGAGGAAGACAAUACUCCACCCACUUUGUCAUUUGAUGACGCAUUAAUCGGUCAUACGAUUUUGAUAAUGUAUGCUGAAAAGCAUGAUUUUCUCGACAUGACUACUGGUGUUCGACAAGAGGUUGGAGAUUUAGUAGUUAUUUUCAAAUGUUCUAUGCAAAUACUCAUUAAAACUUUCGGAUCCAUGAUGGCUCCUCCAGCUUGCUUUCAAUGUGGAGCAAAACCAUCAAGUCCAACUCAAAACUCACCGUUGGAGAAGAAAGAAAAUCCUGUUUCAGCUGACCUAUUUUCACAUGUCGAUCAAGAUUCACAACCGACGUCGGCGAGCCUCUCAUUGAAGAAGUGUUCGAGAUGCCGAAUAGCAUUGUAUUGUAAUCAAUUAUGUCAAACUCAACAUUAG